AGUGUUUACAAAAACACAACUUUGUGUGUAAUUAAACAUACAUCCCAGAUUACACGUAAAUGUGAAAUGAAAACACGCGCCAUAAGUUAGGUAUGAGUCCCCAUUGUUCAAUUUCCGUUGUAGAAUUUAAAUUGAAUAGAACUACAUUCCACUGUCGAUAAUGCGAUUAUGGUUUUUGUGAAGUGGAGAAAGAGGAAAAACUAAAAGCAGGGUCUCCGUUAAAACAGGAGGAUAUUUGUCUAAGGCAGUGUGUCUUCAUCUUUCGUGUCGUUAGAAGAUUUCUCUCUCUUGUCGCCGACUACAGGUGUAUCGAGUCGUCUGUGAUGACGCGCUCAGGUGAACUGUCGCACAGUGUCCCGUUCAUGACUUACGGUCGAUAGAACAGGAAGGAGACACAUUUAAUGGUGGCAUAGACUUCUACAUAUUAACACACGGUGGCAUGGCCAUUGUGAAGACUUUUCUGUGUUUCUCUAACACCAGGGUAGGAACCCUUAUAUGUGGAUGUUACACCUUGAUUAAUUCCUUGGUGUGUCUGGUAUUUUACCUUUUCCGAUAUGUUGGCUACCAGCUCAUCGAAGACUCCCAAGAGUACAAAGGCAUUGUGUACGCGGGGUUUGUUUUGUACGGGUUAAUGAUAGCAGCUUCCCUCAUCCUGAUUCCGGGGGUACAGUUGGACAAGCGCUAUCUCCUGUUACCCUGGGUGUACGUCCUUAUCCUCAAUGUGUUAUACGAGACAGGCUCCAUAGCUCUCCUGACCACUGUCCAUAUGGAGAGAGAGAAAACACUUAAUGCAUGGGAGAUAGUUUGGAUGUUUUUCUACUGUUUUAAACUCAUUGCAAAUUGCUACUGCUUCGCUUGCGUGGUCUCCCAGUACCAGGAACUUUCAGAAGGAAGAGGAACCUAUGAAUAUUUAUACAAACCUAGAAAUCGUCGAGCCUUGGGAAGAGCGCGGGAAUUUGACCUUGACACUUUUGAACUUCCGUUUGGGGUUCAUCUCCCGCCAUACUGUGAAACAGAUCCGUGUAAAGAAUUAAAUCCUCCAUUAUACGAACAGUUAUAUCCGCAACCAAAACGUGAGGAGAGAAGACAAACAGGACUGUGUCAUAAUAUACAAACAGUAGAUUCACAUUUACAUAGACCUAAUUAUAAUCAAAGAUAUUCAGGGGAUCUCCCAGAUCGGUAUUCCAUAACAGUUGAUGUUGUUUGGAUAUGACGUCAUCAAUAACAUUUGAUGAUUUCUGCCAUAGGUGUUCUUUGUCAUCUGUCUCCCGAGACAUCCAAUCUCAUUACAGUGGAGCAAAGGAGUCAACCUUCGUUAUUGCAUUGGCAACAUCGCAUAACAGUGGAGCAAGAAAAUUAACUCCGUGUUCUUGUACUGGAAACAUUUCACCACAUUGGAAUAAGGAAGUCAACUCCGUGUUUGUAUUGGCGACAUAUCUCAAAGGAGCAAGGGAAUUAAUUCUGUCAUAUUGUAUUGGCGAAAUAUCACCACAGCGGAGCAAAGAAAUCAACUCCAUGUUAUUGGCACUUGCUCAUAAAUUUCUACAAUAUCCUCCUCAUUUUGCUCUUUCGAGUUUUGAUUAUUUUUCAUUGUGAAGGAGGGAGAAAUGCGUUUUUACAAAGACACGUGAAACCAGGGCUUAUGUUUUAUCCGUAGUUUUAAUUUAACCAGAUUGGUGCUUUUAAUCACCUUUUAAGCUUUGAUGGAGAUGCGAGUACUGUCCACUGUUCUGGAACUUCCUCUGGUGUCAUGAUUUACCUUUCUACCUCAGGGAUGUAUUUAUAAAUAUAUAUGUUGUAAAAAAAAAUUCAAUGUGCCAAAGAUAAUAAAUAUUACACGAGUUUC